CCGCGAUAAGGUGUCACAAUAACCUCGAUAACGACCGUUGUCUCGUCAACCACCACUCCUCCAGAGCUCAGCUGCUAGGAGAGCGGGAGUCAGUCCGUAGACUCGUAUCUAAUUAAUACCUUAUAACAUUCACAUCAACAACGUCAAUCGCCCACCCACCAUGAGACUGUCGCGACUGGCCAUGCGGCCCUACACCUGUCUUCAAUGCCUCACCCGGACACGCCCCGUCUUCCGUCGACCUACUACUACUACCUCUAUACAAACACCGCGCAUCGCUUCCCUCCAUAACAGCUCCCGCUUCCUUCAACAGCAACAACAACAACAAUCCUCAGACUCCCCAGCUGCUGCUUCUCGACCAAGCAUAGCCCCCAAGCCCGUCGUCGAUAUCAAGCACAUCCGCCAAAACCCAGACCUCUACGCCCAAAACUGCAUCGACCGCAACUAUCACCAACAAGCCUCCUACCCACAACGCAUCAACGACCUCCACGCCCAAUGGCAAGCGAAGCAGCGUGAGGCUCGCUCUCUGCGUGAACGCUCCAAUAUCCUGCGCCGCCAGCUCACCGACCCCGGUUCCAUCCGCGACGAAAAUGCCGACACCAUCGCCGCGGGCACCAAGUUCCUGACGAGGGACGAACUCAUUGCCGAAGCCCGCAAGCUCAAGUCCCUCCUCUCGACCAUCGAAGCCGAAGAAACACGUAUUCUAUCCGAGAUCGAGUCCCUCGCCCUGGCCAUCCCCAACCUCACCUCGGAAGAAUCCCCCCGGGGCCCCGAACCCAAACUUCUGUCCUUGAUCAACGAACACCCCGAACCCGUCCCUUCGGCCUCCGACCGCGUCUGGCGUUCCCACGUUCACAUUGGCAACGAGCUGGGUCUUCUCGACUUCGCCUCCGCCGGUACCACCUCCGGCUGGGGUUGGUACUUCCUCCUUGACGAAGCUGCCCAGCUCGAGCAAGCACUCAUCGCCUACGCCCUCGACCUCGCCGUGCGCUCCGGCUGGCGCCAAGUCAGCCCGCCCUCCAUGGUCUACUCGCACAUCGCCUCGGCCUGCGGUUUCCAGCCGCGCGACCAGAACGGCGAAACGCAGAUCUAUGCCCUCGCCCAAUCUGCCGACGACGCCGCCCGCGGCAAGCCCGAGCUCUCCAUGGCCGGCACCUCAGAGAUCCCGCUCGCGGGCAUGCACGCCUCCAAAAUGCUUCUCUGCCCCGGCGACAUCUCCGAGUUUUCUCCCCUGAAAUACGUCGCCGUCUCGCGCUGCUACCGUGCCGAAGCCGGCUCCCGCGGCCUCGAGACCAAGGGCUUGUAUCGCGUGCACGAGUUCACCAAAGUCGAGCUCUUUGGGUGGACGUACCCCUCUCUCGACUCGGCGACCGACGUGUUCAACGAGAUCGUCGACUUGCAAACCGACCUCUUGUCUUCCCUCGGUCUGCACUGCCGCGUGCUAGAGAUGCCCACGCACGACCUCGGCGCUUCGGCCACGCGCAAGAUUGACAUUGAGGCCUUUUUCCCCAGCAGGAGGGAACGCAACGAAGGGUGGGGCGAGGUCACGAGCGCGAGCAUAUGCACUGAUUAUCAGGCUAGAAGGCUGGCGACGAGGCUAAAGGGCGAGGAUGGCAAGAUGAUUGAGGGCGGUUAUCCGUUUACGGUGAACGGGACGGCCAUGGCGGUGCCGAGAGUGCUGGCCGCGUUGUUGGAGAAUGGCUGGGACGAGGAGACUGGCACGGUGGUCAUCCCCGAGGUGUUGAGGGGGUGGAUGGGUGGGAAGGAGAGAAUUGGGCCCAAGCCGCCGACUAAGAAGGGGUUAGGAGUUGGUGUUUAGUAGAUGUCAAGGGGGUAGGUAUGGUCUUUGGGACAUGGCAAGGGGAUAAAGGGAGUUGGUCGGUGGUGUAUGAUACAGGUGUACGGUUGGUUGUAUUACUUUUGGCAGGAAAAGCAUGUUAAUGGAGUACGGUUAUUUGUUUGUAUUGCACAUCCCGCCUACUGCUCACUGCCGUGAUGCCUCGCUCGAAGGACUGGGUUGAGGAUUUUGGCCUGUCGUCUGUCCAAAGAAUAGGUAAUAUGUAUUCCGCUGUAAUAGUGAGUGUCUACUUCAAUCCG